UUGACUUCCAAAAUACAGUUCUAAAAUCCCUAGCAAAUCGAAAGAAUUUCUCUCGCGUUCCAAAAACCCUAGCAAAUCAAAAGAAUUUUUCCCAAUUUUUUUCCACUAUUGGGGGUGAGCGUUUUUUGCCGUUUUCCGUUAUUAACAGGUCAUUUUGUAUGGAGAUCUCAAUGGCGGAAUUUUUUUCCACUAUUGACAAGAAUUCCACUAUUUCCAGGUUCCGUUAUUGACAGGUUUUACUGUAUUUAUAUCAUUUGAUUUUUCGGGUGAAUCCUUCUAUCGUGAAUUAAACGUACGUUGUUUUAUUAUGAUAGCCGCAGGGUUUGACAAAUUUGCAAGCAAUGACAGCUGGCUCACUUUUUGGCAUUGUUCUUUUUUAAUGAAAAACGUUAAAAAAAUAUUUUACUCAACGAUUCAAAUAUGCAUGUGUAUGCAUUUUGAAUGAAGAGCUUAUAUUUAUCAGGCCAAAAUCAGGAUUUACAUCAGCGCCGUAUAUCGAAUUAAUUUCGCUUAGCAAAGGGGGAAAUAUUUAAAUAUAAAAAGGGAGACAGAUAGUACUCGAUCCUUUAUGCAUGCCAUACCCCUAAGGAGUACACCGAUGAACUAAUAUCGCAAUUUUCAUUCGUAUAUUAUCAUUGGAGACGGUAUAAUACGUAUAAGAAACUGACUCUGGAUAGAAGUGUUCAACCCAUACCCAUCGUUUUGCACGUCUUCAUUUGUAUUACUUUGCAGAAAGGUGGUAUUCGUGGAUUGUAUCGUGGUUUUGUUCCAACUCUAACCGGUAUGGUUCCAUAUGCCGGUUUCAGUUUUUAUUGCUUUGAAAGUGUGAAAUUCCUUUGCAUGAAAUACUCACCACAAUGGACUUGCAACAAAUGCGAUAAAAAUACAGGCGGCCGAGUUUUAAAUAUUCCUGCCAAACUUUUAGCAGGAGGUUUAGCUGGUGCAAUAGCUCAAUCCUUUUCGUAUCCCUUGGAUGUGACGAGAAGAAGACUGCAAUUGGUUAUGAUGGAUCCAGCAACGGCUCGAUUUGGAGUUGGAAUGGUCACGACACUCAAGCACAUUUACACUGAAAAUGGUAUUGUACGAGGUACUCAAACAAGCACUAAAUCUUGACACCGGCAUGAAAAUUUAAUUACAGCCGGUCUUUUUUCCGGAAAACACACACAUGACAACAAAGUUUAUGCAAAAGUUUUUUUUAAUAUCAUAAUUGUUAAAAAAAAAAACAAUUAUUUUUUUCUUUUAAUUUGUUUACCUGUUUUAUUGAAAUUAUUAUUUUUGUAAUGUUGAAAAUGUAUGACAAUGGCAAUUUGUCAAAAUGAAUCAAUUGCAUCACAUUAAUUAAGCAAAGACUAAGACUAAGUAGGUAGUAUUUGCCUUCAGUCGCAUAAAAUAACUCAAAUACCUUGGUCAAAUCUAAUUAAAUCUUCCAAUACGUUAGUCAUUAGAAUUUCCACAAAUCAACAGCCAAUGGUCAUCAUGGUAUUAGUUAACCAAUAUUGUUGAAUUGUUUGUGUUUGGGCGUAUUAUUUAAAACA